GGAGCCGCCGGUGCCGCGGAGCCGCCGCGCUAUGGAGCCGCCGGGCCCCGCCGGGGCGCCGGGCCGGCCCUGGGAUGAAGCCAAGGCUUUCUACGACAACCUCGCCCCCAAGAAGAAGCCCAAAUCGCCCAAACCCGAGAACGCCAUCACCAUCGCCGUGUCCUCGCGGGCGCUGUUCCGCAUGGAGGAGGAGCAGAGGAUCUACACGGAGCAGGGCGUGGAGGCCUAUGUGAAAUACCAGCUGGACCACGAGAACGAGCCCUUCCUCCCCGGGGCUGCCUUCCCCUUCGUCAAGGCUCUGGAGGCAGUGAACACUCAGCUCCGUGAGCUCUACCCCGACAGCGAGGAGCUCUUCGACAUCGUCCUCAUGACCAACAACCACGCCCAGGUUGGGGUUCGCUUGAUCAACAGCAUCAACCACUACGAUCUGUUCAUCGAGAGGUUCUGCAUGACGGGAGGGAACAGCCCCAUCUGUUACCUCAAGGCCUAUCACACCAACCUCUACCUCUCCUCCGACGCCGAGAAAGUGAGUGGGGCCAUUGAAGAGGGGAUUGCUGCAGCCACCAUCUUCAGCCCCAGCAGGGACCUGGAGGUGUCAGAGAAGCAGCUGCGGGUGGCGUUCGACGGGGACGCCGUGCUCUUCUCGGAUGAGUCGGAGCAGAUCGUGAAGGCUCACGGCCUGGACAUGUUCUUUGAGCACGAGAAGGCUCACGAGAACAAGCCCCUGGCACAGGGCCCCCUGAAGGGCUUCCUGGAGGCACUGGGCAAGCUGCAGAAGAAGUUCUACUCCAAGGGGCUGAGGCUGGAGUGUCCCAUCCGCACGUACCUGGUGACGGCGCGCAGCGCGGCCAGCUCGGGCGCCCGCGCCCUAAAGACUCUACGCAGCUGGGGCCUGGAGACGGACGAAGCUCUGUUCCUGGCCGGGGCUCCCAAGGGCCCCCUGCUCAGGAAGAUCAGGCCCCACAUCUUCUUCGACGACCAGAUGUUCCACGUGGAGGGAGCGCAGGAGAUGGGCGCCGUGGCCGCCCACGUGCCCUACGGCGUGGCCCAGAAGCACAAGCGGCCGGCGCGGGAGGAGCAGCCAACCCCAAACAGCAAAUAGUGGGGUUGGGGGGAUCCCCCAAACCCCAGCACGGAGCUCAUCCCCUGGGCCAGGCUCCCUGCUCGGGCAGGGAGUGUUUGUUCAGGCUGAUCCCCCCCCGGGCAGGGGCAGGAGAGAGGAGGGGAAUGUCCUUGGUGCCUCUGUGUGUUGCUGUUCCUGGUGGGGCUGGGGGCUCCUCUGAGCCAGGAGAUGUUUUCCCAGUUUCUCUGUGCACUCUGCACUUGCUUCGGGCAAAACCCCUCGAGGAUGGGUCUGCCUUGUGUGGAAUCUUUGUGCCAGGCAGGUUUAACCUAUUUAUUUAAAAGCCCCAGUGACUCCCAAAAGCCUUCUGGCUUUCCCAAGCUGAGCUGGAAAAUUGAGAGCACUCAAAAAGCUUCCAAGCAGCUUUGAAACAAAAUGUUGUCCCUUUUAACUGGAAUUAAACCGUGAUAUUGUUCCUUCACAGCCCCAGCUGCUGCUCCCCAACCAGAAAAUACUCAGUGUCUGUCCUUUCACCAAGAUUUUGCCAGCUUAAAUCUGCUUUCUAUUUGGAAAAAUAGAAACAAAUACUUAACAUACUAAAAAAACCCAAAAAAAUCCUAUUUCCUGCUUGGAGCUUUGGGCUGGUGUAUUGUUGGCCCAGGUUUUUAUAUUUGGGUUUCACCCUUGCAUGAUUUAGCACUUAAAACUAAUAAUCUCAGUGGGCAUCCAAAGCCCAGCUUGUCUGAGGGCUGCAGACGCAUGCCCAGGGCUUGAACUGAGUUAAAAGCAGGCCUUGAUAUAUUAGGGACAUCAUUUUUAGUCCAUUUAGGUAAAUCUGCAGAGAAUUUCAGCCUGGGGAUUUCAAUUAAAGGAUUUUUUCCUCUCUUUCUAGGCUGAGCCCAUCUGAGUUGAUAAUCUUUUUCUCCUCAGCUUCUUAAAACCUCUGGUGUUUCCUGAAAUAGCUGCCUCUGGUAGCGAUGCUGUGAGAGAGCCAAACCUCUGAUUAAAACACAGGAUGGGAAAUCAA